AUGCAGCAAGGCCUUGUACCACAGAUGCAAAUCUUGGCCGCCGACGCCGCAGUCUGCUUAUUCAUCACCUACUGGAUCUUUCUAGCGCACAGCCGUCGCACGUCCGAUGCAUACUUUUUCCCCCUCACGUCCGCCUGGCCAGGCAUUAACAUCUCCUCCAAACAUCACUCCAUAGACAGUCCUCUCGCCAUCAGAAGUCGGUCAACCAUCGCAACAGCCAUCUCCAGUGCGACGCCAUUCACUCGCUUCAUUUUUUUGGAUCGAUCGCAAAUCUUGGUCCCCACGUAG